AUGGGGAAUGGGUUAGCGAAACCCAAGCACCUGAGGCAGCCGAAUAGGCACGUGGCAAACCUCGCUAUUGGCUCUGAUGUCCUCUGCAGCAAGGUACUUGAACUGGAAAAGGAGCUGAAGAGAAAAGACCAGCAGUUGCAAGAGAGUCAAAGACAUGUUGCUGAGCUUCAGGAGCAGCUGGCUAUGCAGACUAAGGUCAUAGCAGAACUAACCAAGGACCUGCAGAGCAAGUGUAUACAGUUGAACAAGCUGCAGGAUGUUGUUAGCACUCAAGGAGAGCUCUCUCUUCAGCCUUCUCCAUUUAAAGUUUCUGCUGAUAGGAGGAGAGGAGCCAAGGAAGGUGUAUCUGCAGAGCCAACAACACAACUGUGUGAUUUGAGCAGGCAAACUAUGUUUUCCCUUGAAAAAGCAACAGUCCGAAAGGAUUCCAGUGAGAAGAAGCUUAUCACAGAUGCCCUGAAUAAAAACCAGUUCCUGAAGAGACUGGAGCCUCACCAGACACGAGACAUGGUGGAAUGUAUGUAUGAGAGGACGUUCCAGCAAGGGAGCUUCGUCAUCAGACAGGGAGAACCGGGAAAUCACAUUUUUGUGCUCAAAGAGGGCAGUCUGGAAGUUUUUCAGCAGAAUAAACUACUCUCUUCAAUACCUGUGUGGACAGCAUUUGGUGAACUGGCCAUUUUAUACAACUGCACAAGGACAGCUUCUGUGAAAGCAAUCACUAAUGUUAAAACAUGGGCACUGGACAGAGAAGUGUUUCAAAAUAUCAUGAGAGUGACAGCACAGACCAGACAAGAGCAAUACAGAAACUUCCUUAGAAGUGUGUCCCUGCUGAAAAACUUACCUGAAGAUAAAUUAACCAAGAUCAUGGACUGUCUGGAAGUGGAGUAUUAUGACAAAGGAGAUUAUGUUAUUCGGGAAGGAGAAGAAGGAAACACCUUCUUUAUAAUAGCAAAAGGAAAGGUGAUAGUUACCCAGAGCACUACAGACCACUCACAGCCUCAGGUGAUUAAAAAUCUACACAGAGGCGAUUACUUUGGAGAAAAGGCUCUCAUUAGUGACGACGUCAGAUCAGCAAACGUUAUUGCAGAUGAGUACAACGUGGAGUGCCUCGUUAUAGACAGAGAGACAUUUAAUCAAACAGUUGGAACUUAUGAGGAGCUGCAAACUUACCUGGAAGGUUAUGUGGCUAAUCUGGCCCAGGCUGACGAAAAGCGACAUGCCAAGUAAGUCAGAUCAUUGUUGACCAAAGAGGUGUCUUUGGAGAUGAUAGAGCUGAAGGAGAAAGUAGCCCAGUUCCCUCCUUCCCCAUUCCAGAAUUUGGAAGUUGUCACAACUCUGGGUGUUGGUGGGUUCGGAAGGGUUGAGCUUGUUAAAGUUAAAAAUGAGAAUAUGGCUUUUGCUAUGAAAUGUAUAAAGAAGAAACACGUAGUGGACACCAAACAGCAAGAACAUAUCUAUUCUGAGAAGAAAAUCCUCGAGCAGAUAUGUUCCCCAUUCGUUGUAAAGCUGUAUCGCACAUUCAAGGAUAACAAAUAUGUGUACAUGCUCCUGGAGGCUUGCCUUGGAGGGGAAUUGUGGAGCUUGCUGAGAGACAGAGGCAGCUUUGAUGAAUUCACCACCAAGUUUUGUGUUGGGUGUGUGACAGAGGCUUUUGACUAUCUGCAUCAAAUAGGAAUUAUCUACCGAGACCUGAAACCAGAAAAUUUAAUUUUGGAUUCCGAAGGAUAUAUCAAGUUGGUUGAUUUUGGAUUUGCAAAGAAGAUUGGAUCAGGGCAGAAAACCUGGACGUUUUGUGGAACCCCUGAGUAUGUUGCCCCUGAAGUCAUUCUGAGUAAAGGCCAUGAUUUCAGUGUGGAUUUUUGGUCCCUUGGGAUUCUUGUGUAUGAACUCCUCACUGGCAGCCCACCAUUCUCUGGGGCUGAUCAAAUGAUGACAUAUAAUUUGAUUCUCAAAGGCAUUGAAAAGCUGGAUUUUCCUAAAGUAAUAACAAGGCGACCUGAGGAUUUGAUCCGCAGACUCUGCAGGCAAAACCCUACAGAAAGAUUAGGCAAUUUGAGGAAUGGAAUAAAUGACAUCAAGAAACACAGGUGGUUGAGUGGUUUUAACUGGGAUAGUCUGAAAGCGAGGAAAUUAACAUCACCUUUGAAAAGAGAGUUGUCUGGACCGACUGAUUACAGCUACUUUGACAGCUAUCCACCUGAAGUGGGAAGCCCUCCAGAUGAACUUUCAGGCUGGGACAAGGAUUUCUGAUAAUUUUCCCUUCAGAAACAUUUAUAGAGUCUCAUAGGCAUCAGUUCUAUCUUGUUUCUUGCUUAAAAUGAAGUUACACAAAUUACGCAGCACUCCCUGAAAAACAGAAGACAGUACAGAAAUUGUUUGGAUAAUCCACCAAAAUCUGUGCAUUUUAUAACAAGGACAUGUAUUCAGUCCGCAGCUGUAACCUGAUUUUUUUUUAAUUUUUUUUUUUUUUGGCUACACUGCGUCUCUAUGAACAUUUUCAGAUACCACUGAUCAAAUCUAUGGUUUUGCCACUAAAAAUAUCCCUAGGUACAAUUUUGAUAUUACCAUAUAUCUUUUUUUAGGUGGAGAGGUUGGGUAUCAGAAGCCAACAGCUGUGACAUUUGUCAGUAGCUAAAACUAUAGGCACUUAUUUUUCUUUUUCCCAAAAAUGUCCUGUAUUGCACUGAUCCAGAAAUGUGUAGAAAUGAUAUUUUUACCUAAAAGUUGAUUUGAUUUAGCUAGAGCUAAAAGGGUAUCAUUGUGCAAGCUGCCUCUCUGUCAGUCUAGUUUUGCACCAGGUCUGAUACGUGAGACUGGUCCAACUAAAAGAUAUAUCCAUAACAGAAGUUGCCUGGAGAAUCAGACUGUGGUGUGCAUUUCCCUUACUGCU